AAAAGACUUGCUCUCUGUAUUAAACUACUCGCCCACCUAUCUUUAAUGUAUUUUGACUGAGUUGGGAAGAGUGAAAGCCUCAGUGCAACAGACCGAACGCCAUAACGGGAGAGGAGAGAGAAAUUUGAGAGUAACACUGAAGAACACAAACGAGAGGUUUUAGGAGAGAGAAAGUCUGUGUUUUGGGUUUCACAGGGAAGAGGUUAAGUGAAUUUAUGUCUGCAAAGUCUGAUUUGGUAGUGUUUGGGGCUCCUUCGCUGAAGCUCUUCUUCCAGAAUUACUCAAUCUGCUUUGCUCACUGUAUGCAACAACUCUGCUGUUCAUCUCAGCAGAGCUCCAUUCCUGGAUUUUCACCCGUUUCGAUGCGUUUGAGGCCCAGAAGGACUUGUUCUGGAGUAGAGUGUUUUGGGGGUUUUCACAUACAUAGAUUCAUAGAUUUUUUUCAUCCUUGAGAGAGAGGCUCACCCGGUUUUGAUUUUAUCUAUUUUUGUUAUCCUCUUAAUUUUUUUUUUUUAAUCUCCCCAAAUUCUUUAAAUCUUCAAUUUUUCUGGGUUUUGGGUUUUUUUUAUAUCAACAAGAAAUGACGGACCUUCAAAGCUUUUUCUACAGUAAGCCGAAAUUUGUUGGUAACAAAACUUUGAGAAAGGUUCGGGUCAUUUGUCACGACCCCGAUUUGACUGAUUCUUCAUCGGACGAAGAGAACGCAAGCAAGAGAAAGAGACCAUCUGGGUCAAAACAGAUAAUACAAGAGAUAAAUCUGCCAUUCAGGGGUUUAAGCGAAACGGUUGCUAAACCCUCAAAACCCUCAACAAAAAAACCCUCUUCAUCGAAAUAUAGGGGUGUGAGGCAGAGGAAAUGGGGGAAGUGGGCUGCAGAGAUUCGAGACCCGAUUCAAGGGACUCGUGUUUGGUUGGGAACUUAUAAUACUGCUGAGGAAGCUUCUAUGGCUUAUGAGCAGAGGAGGCUAGAGUAUCAAACUCUUGUAGCUGAGAAAAGCCUGAAAGCUUCUUGUUCUGCAACUACAAAACAGUCUCAAAACCUUGCUGUUUCUGAGGAUUCUGAGAGUGUUAUAUCCCACAGCUCUCCUGCUUCUGUGGUUGAAAUCGACACUUCUGCCUCGCAGAUGAACCCUCGUAACAGUAAUGAUGUUGGCAUUGAUAUGGGGAAGACCGAUUAUGUAUCUAGUAUCAACAAUGAAGGGAAUAGGCAAUUUGUUGUUGAGUCUGUCAAUGAUGUUAAGGAGUCUGACUAUGUUCCUGUAAUGAGUAUUGAAGAGGAAUUUCAACGCAGUGAAAUAGGGGAAGGUUUUGACUUGCAAAUGGAGCUCAAUGCAUCAUUCAUGUUUAAUGAUUUUGGUGAUAUGUUUCCAAAGUUGGAUUCAUUUGAUGAUUUUGAAGUUUGUGGUUUCGACUCUCUGGUACCUUCUGAUCUUCCUGAAUUUGAGUUUGAUUUUGACUUGAGUAAAGAAGACUUUUCUUCUUGGAUUGAAGAACCCCGAACUGUCGCAGCGCAGCCCCUAAAUUUUGUAGCGAGUAAUUAAUUAGUAACUAGCAGAGUAUUAGUUAAUCUAUUUAGAACUUUCAUAUAGGAAAGUAACAAGUUUUGAUCAUAGAUCUUAAUGGCUCGAAAUCAUGCUAUUAAGAUUGGUUUUUUGUUUGAUUUUUGGUUCUCUAGUGAAUGAGUCUAGUGAAUGAGUUUAAAUCUUGUUUGAGAGAGUAUGAAAGAUGCAAGUGAGGAAACUAUUGGGAGAAAAAAUCAUUGGGUUUUCCUGUGCUGUUAAAGCAGUCCGUUGAUUCAUCUUUUUCCUCUAGGAAACAAACAAUUGCUUAUCAUCUAUGGAAAUGUUGUUAACUCUGUAUCAGAUAAUGCUUAUUUGUGGUGAAUAAAGAAUAAGCAUGUUUUAAUUUAUGUCAAUUUUAUUUGAAUUAAUAA